AUGGAACACCAGGAGGAAUACGAUGACCAGAAAAUGGAGGAGUUGAAGGAAAAGUAUCCAGACUAUGAAGAUAUGGAUACAGAAACUUUAGAUAAUGAAUUACUAUACCUUGACGAUGAUCUUAGGGAAAGCGAAACUACUGAGGAGACCCAGGAUAUUAACGAGGAAAUCAAUUAUGUACUCGAACUGAGGAGGAGGAGAGAAAUACCGAGUGAAGACCCAUCGAGAGAGCAAUUAGCUGAGGACUCAACGAGAGAGCAAUUAGCUGAGAAAUUCCCUGACCUAUCUAAUCUGUCAUACGAUGAUCUAAUGGAUAGGGGAGACAGACUUUUAAAUGAAUUAAUAUUAUCAAAUUUAGAUGAAGAUAGUUUCAAAGAAAAGUCGGAAGAACUGAGGUACGUUAGAAUGCUAUCAAAUGAUUACCAAAGAGAGUCAAAUCUAAAUAAACUUCUCAACUUAAGAGAUAAGGUGAAAAAGAGGGAUCUCAUUAAACGGGAUGAUCUUAGGAGACUGCAGAGGCUCAGGUUAUGGGCAAGGGAGAAUGCAGGCAUCUUAUCAGCUGUUAUAAUUUCCUCAUCAGCUGUAAUCAUAGGACUGGUAGCAUCAACUAGAAACAUAUUGUGGAAAGUAGGUGACACAACAGGAAAGCACGAUAAGCGGAUCAGUGAGUUGGUAAACAAUCAAAUAGAACUACCACCUGUAUUUCAGAAGAUAGCUGAUGGAGUAGAGUUAGCAGCGGAUAAUAUAUGGAUAAUCAUUGUAUGUGCAGCAGUAGUUCUAGUAUACAUAUACAACUAA